UAUGUACGCAUGCACGAUACCUAUAUAUUUAACUGCAUUCAUCCAUCUCCUACCAACAAACACGUAAAUCUUCAAGGAAAAAAUGGCAGAUCAAAACAUCGUCGUUGUUCCCGAUUCAAACAAUUUGUUCGACUUCGUGGCGAAAAAGGGCCACGGAAUCAAAGGUUUGGUAGAUUCAGGCAUUGCAAAAGUGCCGGAACUAUACAUCCAACCACCACAAGAACGAGUUUUUGAUCAUCAUCAAGAAGUCAAAUAUCUAUCCGUCUCCAACAACUCCUCCAUUUCAUCCUUAUUAAGUCCAAUCGAUUUAUCCAAACUCGACGGUCCGGAGCAUGAAAAAGUGGUGGAUGAUAUUGUUAGAGCUGCUAAAACAACUGGAUUUUUCCAGGUGAUCAACCAUGGUGUGGAUUUGGAAAGUUUGGAGUCCAUCAAAGAUGCCGCUCACCGGUUUUUCUCGCAACCGACGGAUUCAAAAACGGUUUAUCUUAAGGGAGCGAGUAUUAGUCCCUAUGUAAGAUACACAACCAGUUUUGCACCGGAGAAAGAAAAGAAACUAGAAUGGAGAGAUCAUAUCAGUAUGAUUUACACCAAUGACAAUGAUGCAGAAAAGCAUUGGCCUAGCGUUUGCAAGAAAGAGGUACUUGAUUACAUGAAGUCAACCUAUAAAACAGCCCGCCGAUUGUUCGAGAUACUGAUAGAAAAUCUUGGAGUGGAACCGGAGGAAUCGAUGUUGGAAUCACUGGCCGGUUUUAAGGUGGUUAACAUGAACUUUUAUCCGGCAUGCCCAAGUCCAGAACUAACCAUAGGUGCUGGACGACAUUCUGACAUGUCAACUCUAACCGUUCUUCUGCAAGAUGAUAAUGGAGGUCUGUUUGUGAAGAUAGAGGAAGAUGUGGGAGCGGGAAAGCAAGAAGAAUGGAUAGAGAUCCCUCCGAUCUCCGGCGCUUUGGUUAUCAAUGUCGGAGAUGCCUUGCAGGUUAGACUUUUCUUUAGGAAAAAAAAAAAUUAACAAAGACUUUUUCAAAUAAAAACAAAUUAACAAAUAAAAUCAUUUCACACAACCAAUAAAUAAUAAAAUGUUUCUUUCUGUUUGAUAGCUCUAUGGCUGAGGAAUAUUUAUUUUAACAUUAUCAAAAUUUUCAGUUUAACUGACGCUGGGUGAUAUGGUAUAAAGUCAAUCCUAGCUUUUCCAUAAUCAAGUUUUUUCUUUUUCCCUAUAAUUUUUGGUAGGAAGUUGCAACUUUAAACUUAGAAAUUCAAAAAUAUUAUAUUUUCAGUAUAACAAAUAUAGCAAGUGUUCCGGGACUACAGUGACAGAGGGAGGGGAACCAGUAGAGGCAAUCGCCUCCCUCCCCUUCAAAUUUGUAUAAGGAAAUUCUAGGAAAAAUUAAAAUUUUAACUAUAUAUUUUAUAAAUUUUUUAUUUUUACCCCUGCUAAAUUCAUUUUACAGAGCACCGUCCCGGCUUUAUUCAAUUAGCUCCGCCACUGCGGAACUGUAGAAAUAUUAACAUUUAGCCUUGAAGUUUUAAAGUUUCAAACACCACAAAUACACGUAAUGGUGUCCCAUGCUGCAUGCACAUAUAUGAAAUUUUUUUUAUUACUCUAUUUUCUGUUUGGUCAAACUCAUCUCUGAUGAUGUGUCAUUUGACAAAGUCUACAAAUAUUGUAAAUUAUGCAGUCGUAUUCGAUAUCCCGCUUUGAUCUAUACACGAUAUAUAAUAACUACUUUGAAUUUUUUUUGCCAGAUCAUAAGCAAUGAUAAAUACAAAAGUUCUGAACACAAAGUCCGAACCACGAGCAAACGAUCAAGAGUGUCAAUUCCACUUUUCGUAGCCCCAAAGCCAACAGAAAAGAUUGGACCGCUGCCUCAACUGGUGGCGCGUGACGGCGGUGCUCUAUACAGGGAAGUAGUGUACCAAGAUUACAGAAUGAACUUCUUUGGGCUUGCUCAUGAUGGAAAGAAAGCCUUAGAUUUUGCCAAAAUAAAUUACCCUAACUAGUAACAAGAUUAUAGAGGAAUCGCAUGUGAUACACCCUCUUGGUCCUAAAAAUAUAUAAGACACAAAUUUGAAUUAACAUAAGUUUAAAUUGAUAUUUUAUAAUUAUGAUCGGAUGGAGUAUGAGCAUGUAAUAGAGUCGGCUUGCACUUGUAUCAUGAUUAUUUAUUGUACACAGAAAAUAAAUAACAGUUCAUAAAUAUCCAACCAAGAAAAAAGUGCUAAUUUCUUUCAAGAUUCGAUGAAUCUUGAGUUUUCAGGCAGCAGCAAGGAAACACCCACAGAGCUUUAAGGGCCUCAGAAGGUUAAUUUGUUGGUCUGCUGCAUGGGAUUUUGAUGAGUAGAACUAAAAUAGCUCUAUAUACUAACGUUUAUUAGGCUCUCUUUGCAUGAAGCUGUCAAUGCGGCCUCCCAAUAUUCAAUCUUUAAUUAAGAUAUAAAAUGCUGUAAAAUUAUUGUUUAUUAGGAACAAACAAAAAAGUUGAAUAUUAAAUGAAAGUGGCAGAAGG